CAGCCCAGGACACUUUCAGACAAAUGCUGGCCGACUUCUCCGACAAGGAGCUUUACCGAGUCACCAGGUUCUACCUCCCGAGGCUGCAAGCCGUGGUAGAGGAUUUUGUGAAACAGUUUGGUUUUGAACUGAGGAGCGAAUGUAUAAUAAGUGAGGACGAGGCUGCGGGAAUAAACCAACUGGUGUGGAGUGAGCGAGAUGGGGAAGCAGCUGAGUUUGCUGUGAAGAUUGUCCUGGAGCAAGGACCCCAUGAGACAAGAGCCAUGUGGGAUAUCUUUGUGAAACUUCAUCCCACCAAACACAAGCUGGGCAAGAUACUGAGGGAGAUCAAAGAAAAGGGAAACACCUUACUCCAUGAAGCAACCUGGAGUGGGAUUGAAUCACAAGUGUCAGACAGUCUGGAACGUAUUCAGUCUCAGCACAAGGAAACUCUUCGAGAACAAAAUAAGACACUGACAGUGAACACAAUCCGAGGCCGGGAGAAGAGAACAACAUUCUCCCUCUCUGCUCGAUACACAAAGUUAAUUCUCAUCUCAUCCCCACGUGAUCAGAGUCUUGUGGAACAUGAGCUGCUGGCGAGAGGCAGAGACCAUGAAGAGUGGCAGAAGAAACACACCAAGAACCAACUCGAGAGAAUCCACAUGAGUCAAUUACUGAGAAGCAGUUUCUGUAAAAACAGCAUGUAUGGCACCUCAGUGGUGGGUGGGGUUGCAGGGAUCGGGAAAACCACCUUGGUGCAGAAGAUGGUUCAUGACUGGGCCACUGGGAAGAUUUAUCCCCAGUUCCACUUUGUCUUUCAUUUUACAUUUCGAGAGUUGAAUGUGAUCAGAGGGAGAAUCAACCUGAGAGACCUGAUCCUGAAUUCCUAUCCUUACCUCUCAUCGGUGAUUGACCAACUGUGGAAGGAACCUGGGAAACUGCUGUUCAUAUUUGAUGGGUUGGAUGAAUUCAAGGAUAGGAUUGAUUUCACAGACACUCAGAGAAACACCGAGGCUCAGUAUCAUUGCUUAGAUCCCCAUUUCUGGUGUGAAGUGAGUGAUAUUGUGCGUUGUCUCGUUCAGCGGAAAGUCCUCCCAGGCUGUUCAGUGCUGAUCACAACCCGACCAACAGCGCUGCAGUCAUUGCUACAGCCUGAGAUAAACCUCUUUGCGGAAAUCCAGGGUUUCUUGGCAGAAGAGAGGAAGGAAUAUUUUCAGAAGUUCUUUGAAGACGUUGAGAUCGCAGUGAUGGCUUUCACAUACGUGGAAGCGAAUCCCAUUCUGUACACCAUGUGCUACAAUCCCUCGUACUGCGGGAUCCUCUGCUCAUCCCUGGAAUGCUUCUUCACCCAGAAAAAGGGCAAAGAGAGACCGUUCCCCAAAACAAUCACACAGCUCUAUGUCAAUCACAUUUACAACAUACUGACAAAUCACGGACGUGAGAUUGAAAAUCCUCGUGAGGUGCUGCGGAAAACUGGAGAAAUGGCCUUGCUGGGGGUGAGGGAGAGGACCAUUGUGUUCAGUAGUCAACAUUUUCGAGCUGUUCAGCUGGAGCCUUGUCAGUUCCUAUCUGGAUUCAUGAUGGAACUUUUGGAGAAAGACAGCUCUGCUCACAAUAUGGUGUACACCUUCCAUCACCUCACCAUCCAGGAGUUUGUAGCUGCUCUGGCUCAGUUCCUGACUCCAUACAUCCUGAUGCCAACCCACACGACACCCCCCAACCUGACUCCGCUGCUGGAUAUAGCUCACAGUGACCGCGACGGUCGCUUCCAGAUCUUCCUGCGAUUCCUCAUUGGCCUAUCAGAUCCUUACACAAAGUCUCUGCUGAAUGAGUUGUUGGGGACACUCUCCUCUGAAACAACCCGUCAAGUUAUAGAUUGGAUCCAGAGAAUAUUCGAAAAUAUAGGAAUUGAGACCAGUAUCAGUGGGAAAUCAGACAAGAAAGGUGAUCUGCUGAACAUAUUGCAUUACCUGUUUGAGUCUCAGAACAAACCCCUGAUGAAAGCUACAAUAGGAACACUGAAGAAAAUAGAUCUCAGUCGAAAUAGACUGAGCCCUGUGGACUGCAUUGUGAUGGCUGCUGACCUGCAGACCUGUGAGAUGGUGGAAGAGAUUGAUCUGGAUUCUUGUUAUAUCCAAACUGAAGGGAUACAGCGCCUGGUGUCGGUCCUGCACAGAUGUAAAUCUCUGAGGUAUGUCUGAUUUUCGCUAUCCGUGCACAUGACAAUGAUUUUCUGAGUUGCUCUUUUAAACUGAUAGUUCUC